GACUAUUUUCUUUAUAAGCAGCUCCUCUGGGUCUGAAAUGGCAGUCUCCUAUCGCCUCGAGGUCACAGGAUGGACAUCUACAUCUACGGUUACCUAAUCUGUCUCCUCCUCUUCCUGUUCCAUUCAGAAACAGCCUGCCACCCCUUGGGAAAGAGACCCUGCGAGAUGCAAGCCUUCAGGAUCUGGGAUGUCAACCAGAAGAUCUUCUACCUGAGGAAUAACCAAUUAGUUGCUGGAUACUUGCAAGGGCCAAAUACUAAAUUAGAAGAGAAGAUAGAUGUGGUACCCAUCGAACCCCAUACUAUGUUCCUGGGGAUCCAUGGGGGGAAGCUGUGCCUGGCCUGCGUCAAAUCUGGAGAUGAGAUCAAGCUCAAGUUAGAGGCUGUGAACAUCACUGACUUGAGCCAGAACAGGGAGCAGGACAAGCGCUUCGCCUUCAUCCGCUCCGACAAUGGCCCCACCACCAGCUUUGAGUCGGCUGCCUGCCCCGGCUGGUUCCUCUGCACAUCGCUGGAGGCUGACCAGCCAGUGGGCUUCACCAAUAAGCCCACAGAGGCCAUCAAGGUCACCAAGUUCUACUUCCAGCAGGACUAGUCAUGGUGCUCAGCCUUUCCUGUCCCCAGUCCCAGCACAUCCAUGACUCCAGAGAUGCCUGUCCACCCUGCUCAGGGUCUCCCAGGUGUUGUGGGGCUCAGCAGGGUGGCCUUGACUUGGGGGACCUUCAGAAGGAGGUACAAGAGCCCUGGGAACAAGACCCCGUCUCCAACCUCCUCCGCUCAACCAGCCUCCCUCCACAAGGUCUUUCUAAAGUGCAGAUGGAACCCCAGCCCUACUCAAAGCCCUCAGGGUGGCCUGUGCUUCCAGAGUAAAGUCCACACCCUGUGGCCAGCUCCACUUCCGCCUCCUUUCUCACCCCAGGCCCCAAGGCGCUCACUUCCCUCCCCCUAAGCGGCUUCCAUUUCUUGUUUUGCAAAGUGGUGCUACUCCAGGGGCAAGAUUUUUAGGGUCUGUAGCAAAAUAGGAAAUAAGGAUUUCCUGGUAUCUUUUUCUUUUAAAAAAAAAUUCUUAAUAUCUUUUUGGUAAAUUAAACCAACUUUGAAAGAGAGUCUUUUAUUUGGAAAUGAUGUCCUUUCUGGAAGGGAGUAGAAUAUUAAGACAGUCCCAUGUUUAGGAAGUGAUGUUGAAAGGAGGUGAUAGCAUUUCCUUUUUUAUCUCAUAUUUUUGUGAUGCCCUAACCUGUACCUGGGUUGGGAAGAUCCCCUGGAGAAGGGAAUGGCAGCCGACUCCACUUUUCUUGUCUGGAAAUUUCCAUGGACAGAGGAGCCUGAAGGGCUAUAGUCCAUGUGGUCGCAAAGAGUUGGAUAUGACUGAGCAAUUAACGCUUUCACUUUUCAACCUGUAACAAUGAAAAGUUAGCAAAUGCGUUGGUCACCUAGUUUUUGUCUUUUUCUGGAAUGUUCCUGGAAGUCUAGACCCUCUGGCCCAGGCCCUGAGCAUGCCCUCCACUCCAGACCUCCUGCAGCUGCCUGUAGUGCUGUCCACUCCCCCACCCUCUCAUCAAAAGUCCCCCAGCUCCCAAGAUGCCACACAAAUGUGGCUUCUCCUGACCUCCUGGGAGGAAUGAAUCGCUCCUGGACUAUUUUAGCACUUCUAAGUCCCUGAGACUUGUUUGGAAGAUGUGCCCCUGUCUGUCUCCUCACCAGCCUGUGAGCCCCUGGGAGCAGCGACUGUGACCUUCCCCGUCUCAGGUCCCCCCUGGGCCUGAGCAUACAGCCUGGCCUCAGCGGUGCUCAGUGAAUGUGUGUUGUAUGUGUUGAGUGGAAAGUGUCCUGUUCUCUGUGACUUAAGCUUUGUUUUAUGAUAAAAACUUGAAAACUCAUCUA